ACCGGCCCGGUCGCCUGUUCUCUCGACUCGUACCUCUCAUUUACUGCAUGCUCGCAGCGCGUCCAGUGAGCAAUGCCUGCGUGUGUGGCCUUGCUUGCGUCGAUUCAAUUGGUUCGCGUGUCACGCUCUCAUCAUAGGUCGGGGGAGUGGAAGAGAAAAGACAGAGAGAGCAGAGCAGGAGCGCGCUUAGCUAUGACACUCAGCCCGGCAAGAAGAGGUCCAGCUGAAGGAAAAACGAAAGACCAAACCUCCAUCGCCGCGGUGACAAUGGCAGCAUCAAUCUCCUCAUAGAGGUAUAGACCCGCUGGAGUUACAGCCCGCCUGACUGGACAGCCUUUACCUUUCGCAUGGCGCACUGCUGACUGACAUACAUACAUUUCCCUAGCUCCGUUCCUGGAAUACCAAUCAUUGUGUAGGCUAAUUGAAAAUGGAGCGGCGGGGGAGAGGAGGAUCUCUCUGCCUUCUCCUCCAUCACUGAGAGAGAGGCGCGUCCACCUGCCUCUACCCGAGGCCCGGUGUUCUGGUGGCGGCUGUAGAACACGGGAUCAUGCCGCAGACCCGUCCGUGUUUCCGGGGAAAGACACAUCUCUGAUAUCGGUCUAAAAAGCGGAAGAGAGAUUCCUUCACGACAGGGAAAAAAACGCAGUUUGGUUGCAACCAGUAGCUGAGAUCUGAAUAACCAGCGUUGUCUUGACAGCUGCUUCCUAUUUUAGUCUUCUUCAGGAGUGUCGUGUCAGCAGAGAGGAGACCUGAGGCUGUGUGGUGGGGCCAUCCAUGUUGCCGUCCUCCCUUUAUCUCUACCAUCCUAUCCUCCUCCCCUCUUCCUCCUCUUUCUCCGCCUGCUGCAGAGAGUGGCCCAGAUCCCAGUCUUUCCUCACAGCUCCCUCUCUCCCCUCUCCGCCCCUGCAGUCGUGCAUUUCUGAGUCCCUGCCCUUGCCCCUGCCUCCCCCCUACCCCUGCCUGACUCCUGUCUGAACUCUACUCUUGCCACACACCUGCCUGGACCGUGCUCUUGUCUGCCCCUGCCUCCCCCUGCCCCUGCCUGACUCCUGCCUCCCAUCUGCCCUGCCUCCCCCCUACCCCUGCCAGAACCCUGUCUGAACCCUACUCUUGCCUCACACCUGCCUGGACCCUGCUCUUGUCUGCCCCUGCCUGCCCCCAUCCCCUGCCUCACCACUCACCCCCUUUCUCACCAUGAUGGAGUUGGGAGGUGUAUCCUAUCUGACAGAGGAGUGUCUUCUACAGGCCACGCCCACCUGCCUUGGGUGUUUCAUUGAGACCCGGGACCCCACCCCUAUCCAUGACCCCGCCCCUAUCCAUGACCCCGCCCCUAUCCACGACCCCGGCCCCACGACUCCUGACCUUGACCGCGAGGCGGGGCUGGUAAGCCACCAGGACUUGGAGGCCACUUCCUGCCCUAUCUCUGACAUCAGCAGCAUCAAUAUCCCAUGUCUGAGUCAGGCUGGUGAGGUCAUAGAGGUCCUGUCAGACCAGCUUCUCAGCUUCUCCGUGACCAAAACCUGCCACGCCACCGCCCUCACUACCGCCCUCGUUACCGCCCUCGUUACCGCUAACAACAAGACAGGAGACAACGGAGAGAAGACAGAGGCAGAGGAUCCCACCACCAAGAAUCUGUAUGAGGGCCUCCUAUUGGACAAAGUGAAUGUGGAGGAAAUGCUGCUAUUGGACAAGGUCAACGGGGGGGAAGUGUUGCUAUUGGACAAGGUCAACGGGGGGGAAGUGUUGCUAUUGGACAAGGUCCCCGGAGAGGAAGUGUUGCUAUUGGACAAGGUGAACAGAGAGGAGGUCCUCUUAUUGGACAAAGUGAAAGGGGAGGAAGUGCUGCUAUCAGACAAGGUCAGCGGUGAGGAGGUCCUUCUGGCCAAUGCGGGUCAGGACUGGGGUUACUUCGAGUCGUUUAUCAGUGAGUCCAAGAUGGAGCUGCUGGACCUGUGUUCUAAGACCGACCUGUCAGUCAACUUGUUCUCCGAGGACGACGUUGACAACCUGUUUGACGACGACGACGAGGAGUCGGCUCUGAGCAGCGACGUGUGCUCUCUAAAGAUUCGCUACGAGUCCUUCCAGGACAACAUGAGACAGAAGACCAACGUCCUGCAGGACGAGACACAGUUCAACUUCUUCCCCUCUGUCCUAGUCAACUGUGCCAAGAGGGAGGACGGAGGAGGAGGAGGAGGAGGAGGAGGAGGAGGAGGAGGAGGAGGACGGGGGAGGAGGACAGGGGAGGAGGGUAAAGCUGAGGAGCUGAGCCUUGUGCUGGGGGAGGAGGGUGGAGGUGUUAGCCCCCUAGUGGGGUCUCAGGGGUCCCAGGGUUCACCCCUUUCCUCCGCCUCCUCUGUCAACUACCUGCUGGAGUUCAGAAACUCAGUCGAGGAGGACGCGGAGUACAGCGACGACGACUCCUGCACCUCCUCGGACACCCUGCAGGAGGCGCAGCAGGAGGCGCAGCAGGAGGCGCAGCCGGGCCAGAGGAGGGGAGGAGGAAGUGCGCCCAGCGGUUCCAGGAGACUCCUCAGCCCCUCUAACCCUCUGAACUACGGCCUGCGUUCCAAACGGAAGGUCCGCUACAGUGACGACUAUCUAUAUGACGUCGACUCCAUCGACAGCCACGAGAAGACCGAGAGAAUCGCCACGGAGAAGAGAGAGAAGGUUCCGGCGGGACAGAGGGAGGAGGACGUGGACUGGUGCCCCAAGAAGAGAUGGAAAUCCUCCCGGAAGGAGCCUCCAGUCAUCAUCAAGUACAUCAUCAUCAACCGCUUCAAAGGACAGAGACACAUGUCUGUGAAUCUGGGCAGGCUGGACCCUGCCGGGGACGCUGCCGUGCGCCUGGACGCCGCCGCGGAGAGCCACUACUCCUCUCUGUCUCCACUGAAAGAAUUCUGGCAGGAGAGGAGGAGGGAGCGGGAGGAGCAGCUGCGGCUGGCGUCCAGAGAUGAACAGCAUCUGAACAGGCGCCGUCACCCCCACCGCCCCUUUAGUUCCACGCACCCCAAACAGAAAUACAAGAUAGCCAACAGGUUGUGUGUCCAGAGGAUCCCCCAGACAGGGGAGGGAUCAGCAGCAACACAGGACUCGGCUUCUAUCCCCUCUGUCUCUGAUCAGGCUGUUACAACAGAGGAGGGGGGAGGGGGAAGAGCGCCGUUAGAACCACAGAACAUCACACACACCGGAACAGCCAAGAGGAGCCGCACUCAGGAGAGAGAGGAGAGGGACGGGAGGAGGAUGGGAGGAGGGGGGAUAAGGAAAUUCAAGAGCCAAGCCAGGCUGAGCAGUAACAAGACAAUGAAAGAGGGAGGAGCAGGUGGAAGAGCGGAGGGGGAGAGCGUGAUGAAUGGAGCGUCGGAUGCGUGUACUGUUGCUGAUGCUGGGGUGUUAACCAAUCAGGAGCCUGCUGGCAGCGUGGCAGACAUCAGCUCUAACACACCCAGCCCCCCUUUCUCCUCCCUGGAUCCCACCAACCACCAGACAUUCCCCUUCACCUCCUCCUCCUCCUGUGCCUCUGUCCUCAUCUCUUCUGACUCCGUCACCUCCUCCUCCUCCUGUGCCUCUGUCCUCAUCUCUUCUGACUCCGUCACCUCCUCCUCCUCCUGUGCCUCUGUCCUCAUCUCUUCUGACUCCGUCACCUCCUCCUCCUCCUGUGCCUCUGUCCUCAUCUCUUCUGACUCCGUCACCACCUCCUGCAUCUCCUCAUCUUGCUCCUCUGACCAAGCUCUACCGUCUGGGGAGAGGGAGGAAGGGGUGUCACUGACCCCAGGGGGGUACCUGCAGACCCUACUAGAUGCCUCAGACUCCUCCAGAGGGGCAGGUAUCACCUACUACCCCCAGCAGCCCCCCAGGCAGAACUAUCCCCUGGGUCUCUCUCUAGAGGAGAAACAGCCUCCCAGCCAGAACUAUCCCCUGGGUCUCUCUCUAGAGGAGAAACAGCCUCCCAGCCAGAACUAUCUCCUGGGUCUCUCUCUAGAGGAGAAACAGCCUCCCAGACAGAACUAUCCCCUGGGUCUCUCUCUAGAGGAGAAACAGCCUCCCAGCCAGAACUAUCCCCUGGGUCUCUCUCUAGAGGAGAAACAGCCUCCCAGCCAGAACUAUCUCCUGGGUCUCUCUCUAGAGGAGAAACAGCCUCCCAGCCAGAACUAUCUCCUGGGUCUCUCUUUAGAGGAGAAACAGCCCCCCAGCCAGAACUAUCCCCUGGGUCUCUCUCUAGAGAAGAAACAGCCCCCCAGCCAGAACUAUCUCCUGGGUCUCUCUCUAGAGGAGAAACAGCCUCCCAGACAGAACUAUCCCCUGGGUCUCUCUCUAGAGGAGAAACAGCCUCCCAGCCAGAACUAUCCCCUGGGUCUCUCUCUAGAGGAGAAACAGCCUCCCAGCCAGAACUAUCCCCUGGGUCUCUCUCUAGAGGAGAAACAGCCCCCCAGCCAGAACUAUCCCCUGGGUCUCUCUCUAGAGGAGAAACAGCCUCCCAGCCAGAACUAUCCCCUGGGUCUCUCUCUAGAGGAGAAACAGCCUUCCAGCCAGAACUAUCCCCUGGGUCUCUCUCUAGAGGAUAAACAGCCCCCCAGGCAGAACUAUCCCCUGGGUCUCUCUCUAGAGGAGAAACAGUUUGCCUCCCUGCAGCUAGUCCAGAGCUGUGUCCUCUCCCCUCCCUCCGAGUCAGAGCUCCAACAGUCCCCCCAUCUCUGCCCCAGCUUCCCCCCCUCCAUGUGGAACCACCAGCCCCAUCUCUGCCCCAGCUACCCCCACAGCCAGGGGGGCUUUGGCCCCGACACCACUCUCCUCUCCAGCGGGUUCCUGCCCUUGUUGGACGGCGUUCCUGGGUCUCGGUCAGGGUCUGGGUCGGACUACAGCCAGCAGGGAUCAGAGACUGACAGACUGCUGUUCGAGAAGAGUUACCUUGUGGAGGGGGAUGGGCUGGGGCUGCAGCCAGGGUCGGGGGUGGAGCUACAGGAGCUGCAGGUGUGUCAGUCAGGUGUCUGUCUGGGGCAGGUGCAGUACCAGAGAGGCUCUCUCUGCUCAGACCAUGGAUGUCUAAUCAGCUAUGACUCUGUGGGAUCCUUAUCUGCCUGCUCCUCCAACUAUAGCUCUCAGAGCCUCCAGUCCUGCAGCUGUGGGGAACAGCGUGAGGGAGGAGGGGAGACAGAGGAGAGGAGAGACAACUACCUGCAGCACUGCAGCCCCACGGUGUUGUUCCAACAGAGCCUGGAGAACAUGGGUCACCCCGUCACCCCCCUCAGAGAGUCCUCAGACCUCCUCGACAUCUCCAACUUCACCCCCGACAAGUUCAGACACUCUUCCCUGUCCGAGCUGUCGCCACCGGAGACCCCCAACCUCUCCCACCAGGUGACGGGGUGGGAGAUGAGGACAGGAGGCAAAGCCCCGGAGUACCAGGAUCAUGUGACAGGAUGUGACAUCAUGCAGCAGGCGGAGCAGCAUGAGGUGGAGGGGCGACAGUUACAGAUACACCCCUCAUUCAACAGAGAGGGGGAGGAGCAGGGGAGGAAGAACACCCGCUCUAAGAGAAAAGCAGGAUAUAAGCAGGCAGCAGCGGGGGGACAGCAGGGGCCUAAGAAAGGCCGGGCCCCCAGAGCAUCCAAGACAGAGAAGGUGAAGAUGCCUAGACAGAGCCGCUCCUCUAAGAAGAUCAAAGCCAUGCUGGAGGGGAAGGCUGCCAAGAGUCAGGCGCAGGCGGGGGGGAACCUUCAGCCCCACAGCCACGGUAGCACUGGGGACUGGUCUGGUAGCAGCACCGGGCCUAGGGGCUGGUCGGAGGGGAACACCAGAAGGGAAGGGGAGGAGCAGCAGGAGUUUGAGGAGCCGUCUAACAUCCUGUCCAACAUUGUGUCCGGCAUGGCGGAGGUCCAGAGGUUCAUGAUGGAGUCCAUGGAGCCUCUGUGGGACCCGCUGGAGGGCGACCUGCCGCCUGACGCCAACAGCCUCAACAUGAAGACACUCCACAUCCUCCAGGGAAGAGGGGGCAAGAAGGGAGCCGGUUCCGUGGUGGUCGGACGGGGCAGGAAGGCCAGGGGCAAGGUGGGAAAGAACCAGGCCAAGUUUAACACCUCCCACCCCAUCUUCCCCCAGCUCGCUCUGGGCUGCAACAUGUUCGACAAACCCAACUCUAUUAGCCCAGGCCCUACGCACAAAAAACUGUACCGCCACAAGACCAGCGCCAAGCUCCCAAACAUGGAGACUGUGAAGGGCAAGCGAGGGGGAGCGGAGAGCAACCCAAACAAGGACUUGGCUCUCAUGGCCUCUUUUGAGAAACUGAGGCAGAAUAUGGCCGUCUUGUUGUCGCUGUCCUUCAGAUAGACACUGCCUGGCUCAGUUCAAGAGGAAAAACUACAACCCCCCCCCCAUAACACCCCUCUCUCUUCUGAGCAUCCCCCCCUUGUAUAAACCCCAAGACAUCUUCAACACAAGAUGGGACCAUUUUUUUGUAUCGAUGACAUAUCAAAUUAGCAUUUUGUCUUCAUUUUCUUAUUUUUGUUUGGAAUGAGCUUGUAAUUCUUCUGUUCUGUUUCUCCUGAAGUUUUUAAAACGAGCUGGUCGUUCUAACGAGACAUUUAUAGAUGUUCACAGUGCUCCGUCCACUAUCAGAGUAUUUUUUGUCUAUGUGGUUUGUACAGCUCCAUGCACUAUCUGCAAAAAAAAUGAUAAUUAUUUUAAUCUUCAAAAUCAAUGUGCCAAAAGGUAAAGAUGACCUCUUAUAUAUAUAUACUGAACAAAAAUAUAAACGCAACAUGCAAUAAUUUCAAAUAUUUCACUGAGUUACAGUUCAUUAAAGGAAAUCAGUCAAUUGAAAUCGAUUCAUUAGGCCCUAAUCUAUGGAUUUCACAUGACUGGGCAGGGGCACAGCCAUGGGUGGGCCUGGGAGGGCAUAGGCCCACCCACUUGGGAGCCAUGCCAAUCAGAAUAAGAUUUUCCCACAGAAGGGUUGUAUGCUCCCCACGGACAUCUGUGGCAUUGUGCUGUGUGAACUGCACAUUUUAGUGUGGCCUUUUAUUGUCCCCAGCACAAGGUGCACCUGUGUAAUGAUCAUGCUGUUUAAUCAGCUUCUUGAUAUGCCACAGCUGUCAGGUGGAUGGAUUAUCUUGGCAAAUGAGAAAUGCUCACUAACAGGGAAGUAAAACACAUUUGUGCACAACAUUCAGAGAAAUAAGCUUUUUGUCUGGAACAUUCCUGGGAUCUGUUAUUUCAGCUCUUGAAACAUGGAAUCAAAACUUUACAUGUUGCAUUUAUAUUUUUGUUCAGUGUAGAAUACAGAAACUAUAGAGUAUAGAUGUAUAGAAUACAGAGCGGAUAUCGGCUGUUUUCUUUAUCCAUUGUGUAUAUCGAAUGCUCUGGUUGGCUGGCUGCUCACAGACGUAAUCAUGUCAGAUAGACAGCAGCGUGAUUCAUUCCAUAGUCAUGUUGUCUCAGGACGUUCGGGGUGUUGCAUUACUGACAGCAGUGAGUUGUGUUGCAGCCAUGCACCGAUGCAGAGGGCGUGACCUCAUCACACUGGCACCAUUUAAAUUGGGCGAAAAAACCUGGGAUAUACACUAGUAGAAACCAAUGAAAGCAUUUCCAGCAGCUACGACUCCUGUUGCCAUUCCAUGUGAGAUGUUAAAGGGGGUCAUCUCCACCUCAUUCUACCAUUCCAUGUGAGAUGUUAAAGGGGGUCAGCUCCACCUCAUUCUACCAUUCCAUGUGAGAUGUUAAAGGGGAUCAGCUCCACCUCAUUCUGCCAUUCCAUGUGAGAUGUUAAAGGGGGUCAGCUCCACCUCAUUCUACCAUUCCAUGUGAGAUGUUAAAGGGGGUCUGCUCCACUUCAUUCUGCCAUUCCAUGUGAGAUGUUAAAGGGAGUCAGCUCCACUUCAUUCUGCCAUUCCAUGUGAGAUGUUAAAGGGAGUCAGCUCCACUUCAUUCUACCAUUCCAUGUGAGAUGUUAAAGGGAGUCAGCUCCACUUCAUUCUGCCAUUCCAUGUGAGAUGUUAAAGGGAGUCAGCUCCACUUCAUUCUACCAUUCCAUGUGAGAUGUUAAAGGGAGUCAGCUCCACUUCAUUCUACCAUUCCAUGUGAGAUGUUAAAGGGAGUCAGCUCCACUUCAUUCUGCCAUUCCAUGUGAGAUGUUAAAGGGAGUCAGCUCCACUUCAUUCUGCCAUUCCAUGUGAGAUGUUAAAGGGAGUCAGCUCCACUUCAUUCUACCAUUCCAUGUGAGAUGUUAAAGGGAGUCAGCUCCACUUCAUUCUACCAUUCCAUGUGAGAUGUUAAAGGGAGUCAGCUCCACUUCAUUCUACCAUUCCAUGUGAGAUGUUAAAGGGAGUCAGCUCCACUUCAUUCUACCAUUCCAUGUGAGAUGUUAAAGGGAGUCAGCUCCACUUCAUUCUACCAUUCCAUGUGAGAUGUUAAAGGGAGUCAGCUCCACUUCAUUCUGCCAUUCCAUGUGAGAUGUUAAAGGGAGUCAGCUCCACUUCAUUCUGCCAUUCCAUGUGAGAUGUUAAAGGGGGUCAGCUCCACUUCAUUCUACCAUUCCAUGUGAGAUGUUAAAGGGGGUCAGCUCCACCUCAUUCUACCAUUCCAUGUGAGAUGUUAAAGGGAGUCAGCUCCACUUCAUUCUACCAUUCCAUGUGAGAUGUUAAAGGGGGUCAGCUCCACUUCAUUCUACCAUUCCAUGUGAGAUGUUAAAGGGAGUCAGCUCCACCUCAUUCUACCAUUCCAUGAGAUGUUAAAGGGGAUCAGCUCCACCUCAUUCUGCCAUUCCAUGUGAGAUGUUAAAGGGGGUCAGCUCCACCUCAUUCUACCAUUCCAUGAGAUGUUAAAGGGGAUCAGCUCCACCUCAUUCUGCCAUUCCAUGUGAGAUGUUAAAGGGGGUCAGCUCCACCUCAUUCUGCCAUUCCAUGUGAGAUGUUAAAGGGGGUCAGCUCCACCUCAUUCUACCAUUCCAUGUGAGAUGUUAAAUGGGGUCUGCUCCACUUCAUUCUACCAUUCCAUGUGAGAUGUUAAAGGGGGUCAGCUCCACCUCAUUCUACCAUUCCAUGUGAGAUGUUAAAGGGGGUCUGCUCCACUUCAUUCUACCAUUCCAUGUGAGAUUUUAAAGGGGGUCUGCUCCACCUCAUUCUACCAUUCCAUGAGAUGUUAAAGGGGGUCAGCUCCACCUCAUUCUACCAUUCCAUGUGAGAUGUUAAAGGGGGUCUGCUCCACUUCAUUCUACCAUUCCAUGUGAGAUGUUAAAGGGGGUCAGCUCCACCUCAUUCUACCAUUCCAUGUGAGAUGUUAAAGGGGGUCAGCUCCACCUCAUUCUACCAUUCCAUGAGAUGUUAAAGGGGGUCUGCUCCACCUCAUUCUACCAUUCCAUGUGAGAUGUUAAAGGGGGUCAGCUCUACUUCAUUCUACCAUUCCAUGUGAGAUGUUAAAGGGGGUCAGCUCCACCUCAUUCUACCAUUUAUUACAUGACAUUGCGUUGUAUUUGACUCUUAAACAUUCUCUAUCAAAACAAUGAUAUCUCAGACACUGUGUGAGUCCCAAAUGACAAGAUAUUCCCUAUAUAGCCCAAUGGCCCUGGUCAAAAGUAGUGCACAAUAUUGGAAUUAGGUUGUAAUCACAUAUAGGUAACUCCACUUCACUGUCAGAUAUAAACCUUGGAACCUUUAUUUUUGUACAUGUAUUGAAAGCAGUAACUCUCCUCAGUGAGCUCUGAACGUAUUGAAAGCAGUAACUCUCCUCAGUGAGCUCUGAACGUAUUGAAAGCAGUAACUCCCCUCAGUGAGCUCUGAACGUAUUGAAAGCAGUAACUCUCCUCAGUGAGCUCUGAACGUAUUGAAAGCGGUAACUCUCCUCAGUGAGCUCUGAACGUAUUGAAAGCAGUAACUCUCCUCAGUGAGCUCUGAACGUAUUGAAAGCAGUAACUCUCCUCAGUGAGCUCUGAACGUAUUGAAAGCGGUAACUCUCCUCAGUGAGCUCUGAACGUAUUGAAAGCAGUAACUCUCCUCAGUGAGCUCUGAACGUAUUGAAAGCAGUAACUCCCCUCAGUGAGCUCUGAACGUAUUGAAAGCAGUAACUCUCCUCAGUGAGCUCUGAACGUAUUGAAAGCAGUAACUCCCCUCAGUGAGCUCUGAACGUAUUGAAAACAGUAACUCCCCUUCAUUGUGCUCUGAACAUUUCAGAAAAAUUUCUGUUUUGGAGAUAAGAUGUUUUCAUUCAUUGGACAGCGAUGUGCUAUGCCAGGGGUACAUUGGAUUUAUUUCUGAUGUAUGAGCUCUUUGCUAAGUCUGUUAGUAGUGAGAUCAGAUCACUUCCUUCCUGUCACAGUGAUCACAUUGUCAGGUUGGACGGUUUUAAUGUUAUUUAAUGACACUGCUAUGGACAGAAUAUGCUCUGUGCGUCCCAGUGUCUCUCUCUCUGGGUGGGUGCGUCACAAAUGGCCCUCAGCACUCUUCUCUAUAGUGCUCUACUUCUGACCAGGGCCCAUAGGACCUUGGUAGUAUACAGGGAACAUGGAACCAUUCGGGACAUUGCCUCUGUUCCUCAGGACCAUUCAGACUAAUCACCUUCUACUCCUAUGGAGUCAUGAGCUGCCCGUUAGCCCUCGUUGGAUGGUGAAGAACGUUCAGAAAUCACUCUCAAAAUGGAACCUGGUUCCGUAUUUAUAUGUAUCGGUUAGAUUCUCUGGAGAGCAGAAACAACGUCCCUCGUUUCAUCAUCACCUCUCUGUUCCUCUAUAACUCUCUGGAUGAUGUAGCUCAGGGCUCUGUAACCUUGUUUCUGGAGAGUUACCGUCCUCUAGGUUUUUGCUCCAACUCCAAUCUAGCAGGAACUACCCUGGUGUAACUAUUACAGGAAGGGUACUCCUUAAAUCUGUAUAUCGAAUGUACGCCUUAAAUCUACGCAAGACAGAUAAGUUACAAGAUAAUGAACUAAUGGUAGAGAUCCCCCUCCCUUUUUCUCUCUCUCUCUUUCUCUCGUUCUCUCUUUCUCUCUCUUCAUCUCUUUGUCAGACUGUGAUUACAAAAAUUUUACUGAAGUUUACAUGACGAGAAUAUAUGUCAUUGCGAUCCAUUCUUUCAGUGAUUUCCUGUCCUUGACUUCAGGUACCGAUACAUAAACUAUAGUAAUGCCGAAACAUUGGUAAAUACCCAAUAAAUCCCUGGGAGUUUAUAUAUGGAGUGCGCAACUCUCUUUAUUCGGCGUAGGUCAGCACAUCCACACAAAAUAGUUUUUCUGGGUGUUCGCCAGCUCAUGUUUUAACAUAUACAGAUCUGAAUCACUUAUUCAGUCUGAUAAGAACUGUUUUAAGCCUGGUGCUGAGAAAGACGGGUAACUAACUAGCCUGAAGUAGAGGCAGACUGCUGAUAAAGACGGGUAACUAACUAGCCUGAAGUAGAGGCAGACUGCUGAUAAAGACGGGUAACUAACUAGCCUGAAGUAGAGGCAGACUGCUGAGAAAGACGGGUAACUAACUAGCCUGAAGUAGAGGCAGACUGCUGAGAAAGAUGGGUAACUAACUAGCCUGAAGUAGAGGCAGACUGCUGAGAAAGACGGGUAACUAACUAGCCUGAAGUAGAGGCAGACUGCUGAGAAAGAUGGGUAACUAACUAGCCUGAAGUAGAGGCAGACUGCUGAGAAAGACGGGUAACUAACUAGCCUGAAGUAGAGGCAGACUGCUGAGAAAGACGGGUAACUAACUAGCCUGAAGUAGAGGCAGACUGCUGAGAAAGAUGGGUAACUAACUAGCCUGAAGUAGAGGCAGACUGCUGAGACAGAUGGGUAACUAACUAGCCUGAAGUAGAGGCAGACUGCUGAGAAAGACGGGUAACUAACUAGCCUGAAGUAGAGGCAGACUGCUGAGAAAGAUGGGUAACUAACUAGCCUGAAGUAGAGGCAGACUGCUGAGAAAGAUGGGUAACUAACUAGCCUGAAGUAGAGGCAGACUGCUGAGAAAGACGGGUAACUAACUAGCCUGAAGUAGAGGCAGACUGCUGAGAAAGACGAGUAACUAACUAGCCUGAAGUAGAGGCAGACUGCUGAUAAAGACGGGUAACUAACUAGCCUGAAGUAGAGGCAGACUGCUGAUAAAGACGGGUAACUAACUAGCCUGAAGUAGAGGCAGACUGCUGAGAAAGACGGGUAACUAACUAGCCUGAAGUAGAGGCAGACUGCUGAUAAUGACGGGUAACUAACUAGCCUGAAGUAGAGGCAGACUGCUGAUAAAGACGGGUAACUAACUAGCCUGAAGUAGAGGCAGACUGCUGAGAAAGAUCAGGCAGACUGCUGAGAAAGAUCAAGAUCAUCUCUCUCUCUCUCUGUCCCUCCCUCUCUCUCUCUCUCCCUCUCUCUCUGUCUCUCUCUCCCUCUCUCUCUCUCUCUCUCUCUCUCUCUCUCUGUCUCUCUCUCUUUGUCUGUCUCUCUCUCUCUCUCUCUCUCUCUGUCUUUCUCUUUCUCUCUGUCUCUCUCUCUCUGUCUCUCUCUCUCUCUCUCUUUCCUCUUUCUCUCCUCGCCCUCUCUCUGUCAGAUAGUUGGAGAGUUAUCGUCAACACACUGUGACAAAACAAACUACUUUGCUCUGCAUGAUUACAUGGUCCACCUGAUUGAUAUUACAGUACAGGUGAUACUGUGAAUUGAUUACUUCACAUGCUGCAGGAAACUUCAUCAAGCAUAAUCAAAUUCCCUAUAUCCUUCUCUCUCCCCUCUCUCUUUCUGUCUCCCAACUCUCUCUCCCUCUCUCGCUCUCUCUUUCCUCUUUCUCUCCUCUCUCUCUCUCUUUCCUCUUUCUCUCUCUCUUUCUCUCUCUCUCUCCUCUCUCUCCCUUUUCUGUCCCCCCCUCUCUGUUUUAUUCGCUCUAUCAUGCCAGGUAUAGGAGCAUGUGAACCAGCUAUGCCAGGUAUACAGUAGGAGCAAGUGAACCAGCUAUGCCAGGUAUACAGUAGGAGCAGGUGAACCAGCUAUGCCAGGUAUACAGUAGAAGCAGGUGAACCAGCUAUGCCAGGUAUACAGUAGGAGCAGGUGAACCAGCUAUGCCAGGUAUACAGUAGGAGCAGGUGAACCAGCUAUGCCAGGUAUACAGUAGGAGCAGGUGAACCAGCUACGCCAGGUAUACAGUAGGAGCAGGUGAACCAGCUAUGCCAGGUAUACAGUAGGAGCAGGUGAACCAGCUACGCCAGGUAUACAGUAGGAGCAGGUGAACCAGCUAUGCCAGGUAUACAGUAGGAGCAGGUGAACCAGCUACGCCAGGUAUACAGUAGGAGCAGGUGAACCAGCUACGCCAGGUAUACAGUAGGAGCAGGUGAACCAGCUAUGCCAGGUAUACAGUAGGAGCAGGUGAACCAGCUAUGCCAGGUAUACAGUAGGAGCAGGUGAACCAGCUAUGCCAGGUAUACAGUAGGAGCAGGUGAACCAGCUACGCCAGGUAUACAGUAGGAGCAGGUGAACCAGCUAUGCCAGGUAUACAGUAGGAGCAGGUGAACCAGCUAUGCCAGGUAUACAGUAGGAGCAGGUGAACCAGCUAUGCCAGGUAUACAGUAGGAGCAGGUGAACCAGCUAUGCCAGGUAUACAGUAGGAGCAGGUGAACCAGCUACGCCAGGUAUACAGUAGGAGCAGGUGAACCAGCUACGCCAGGUAUACAGUAGGAGCAGGUGAACCAGCUACGCCAGGUAUACAGUAGGAGCAGGUGAACCAGCUAUGCCAGGUAUACAGUAGGAGCAGGUGAACCAGCUAUGCCAGGUAUACAGUAGGAGCAGGUGAACCAGCUAUGCCAGGUAUACAGUAGGAGCAGAUGAACCAGCUAUGCCAGGUAUACAGUAGGAGCAGGUGAACCAGCUAUGCCAGGUAUACAGUAGGAGCAGGUGAACCAGCUAUGCCAGGUAUACAGUAGGAGCAGGUGAACAGCUGAUGGGAUAUAACCACAUAUUGUGCCACAAGGCAUUCUGCCUCUAUCUUAUUGAAUGUAACUUCUGACGUUUCUUCUUCUCUUGUUUUUUAAACCACCACUGUUGAGCUGCCUCCUCCUCAUGGUGCUAUGAAACAUCAACAUUAUCAGUAUGAAUUAUCAACAUUAUCACUAUGCAACAUCAACAUUUUCAUUAUCACACAUCAACAUUAUCACUAUGAAACAUCAGCAUUAUUACGACGAAAUAUCAGCAUUUUCACUAUGAAACACCAACAUUAUCACUAUGAAACACCAACAUUAUCACUAUGAAACACCAACAUUAUCACUAUGAAACACCAACAUUAUCACUAUGAAACACCAACAUUAUCACUAUGAAACACCAACAUUAUCACUAUGAAACACCAACAUUAUCACUAUGAAACAUCAGCAUUAUCACUAUGUAACAUCACCAUUAUCACUAGGAAACAUCAACAUUAUCACUAGGAAACACCAACAUUAUCACUAUGAAACACCAACAUUAUCACUAGGAAACACCAACAUUAUCACUAGGAAACAACAACAUUAUCAUUUAGACUUUGGUUUUGAUUACUUCCAGAAAUGACAGGAAAGAAAUGCAAACUAGACUCCUGACCCUCUUUAUGAAUGUAUAUUAUAUUAUUAUUAUUCUGUUAUGUUUGAUGUAGUUAUUCAUUAUUUAAAUACAUUUGAUUGGGGUUUUACAUUGUGAUCAUUUGGUUGACAGAAUAUGUAGCUUUAUACUAUGAAAUGAUGAUACUGUCCAGAGUUGUUACCAGAAGGAUCUCAAGGGACUCUUGACACAACAAAAUCUUGUAUAUUUUUUGUGUGCCAAUUUGUAACAUAUUUUGUAAGUGUAUAUUUUUCUUAGAAAGUGCUGUGAAGUAUUUGUGUGUGAGUAACCUUUUAUCCCCCCUGUACGGGCAGUGGAAAGGAUGUACAAUAAAAUGCUUCUGGGUUUAAAAUCCCAAAUAUGAAAGAAACAACAGAAAAAUGUGAAAUAUCUCCAUUUUGAUGGGAGUUAAUAAGAUAUUGUUGUUGUUGUGAGAGUGUUGUGUUGUUGUGCAGAACACAAAUAAGCAACAAAAAAAACAUCUGGAAAAAAUAUUCAAAAUUUGUGAGCAGUUUGCUGUUUUAUUAAAUUUCAUGUAAAUUAUUUGAGUUUUAUUUCGUUUUUAUGGUGUAACUGUUGCAAAGGUUUUACAUAUUUGUGAUCAAGCCUGUAUGGUGACAAUGUAAUACUGGUAAUUGCUGAGUUUUGUAAUAAUGUUUAUGGAGAAAAUAUAAACAUUAAAAUCAUAUUUUGAACGCUG